AUGAGGCCUACAAUCUUUUACGCCGUGCUUGCUACUUCUGCAGUUCAGGGCGCCGUCCUCAACCGGGAUGCCAAUGGCAAUCUGGCGAGGCCCGACAGUUUCUUGGAUCGUUUAGGACAUGCUUUGGGCAAAGGCAGACAUCGGCACGAGAAUGGGGGUGCCUUCAAUACCAUUAUCACCGCCGUCACUGGAACUACUUCAGUCGCCUCGCCUUUGCUACCGACGACAACUCUCGCCCAAGAGCCACUUACCACGGCAAGUUCUGCUUCCGAGGUCACUUCGGAAGCGACGAUCUCUACAGCCUCUUCAUCGGCACCGAUUAUUUCACAAUCGACGUCCUCGGCGGCAACAACCGUCCCUUCGGAGACGAUUGCAGCCCAAGAAACAUCCGCUACUGCACAGACAACCCCUUCGCCGGUGAUUGUCACUCUUCCCCUGCAGUCAACUGCCCCCGCGGAAACCUCUGUACCAAUCGAAACGGCUGCACCCGUGGAAACGUCUGCCGCUCAAAAGACGACUUCUGCUCUGGACACAACUGCUUCUUCGGAUUCAUUGGCUACUUCAACGACUGUCCUUGCCGUACCCACCGUCCCUCCGGCAGUCUCUUCUCCUCCGGCGAUCACGGUUCCCGAGGCCUCUCCGGUCCAGACGUUCCCUCAGUUUGUCACCCUGAUUCCCGGAGCCGAUCCUGCUGGUGCUCCUCCUGCUGGUGCUCCUUCUGCUGUUGCACCUCCUGCUAGUGCACCUCCUCCUCCUCCACCGGCAAACCCCGUGGUCCUUCCUUCUGUCUUCACUGGGUUCAUUACCCUCAUCCCUGGAGCCCCUCCCGCUGGUGCUCCUCCGCCGGCAACGACUGUUGUGCAAACUCCCCCGGUCCAGACGUUUCCCGGCUUCGUCACACUCAUUCCAGGAGCUCCUCCUGCCGCCCCUCCCCCUCCGCCAGCGACUACCGAAGUACCUCCUCCUCCGGCCGAGACUGUCCCUCCUCCUCCAGCAAGCACCGAGACCGUUCCUCCGGUUGGAACUGUGACUUCGGCCCCGCCCCCGCCGCCUCCGCCUGCGUCAACCACCUCUGCCGUAAACACUUCAGCAGCAGCUUCGUCAAACUCGACCGUCGCAUCAGGGGCAUCGACAUCUGCUGCGGCUCCCACCACUACGGCUCCUCCCGAGACGCCAGCGAUCGCUACUGCUGCACCUGAACCCGCUGCCCCAACUGGGCCAGCCAGCAGCCUCGUACUGGGUAACCUUGCUCCCAGCGCUCCCUCGGCAGAUGAACAGCCAGGUUUCUUCAUCCCUCCCGCAGCACCCACCGUACCCGUGGCUUUCUCCGCGCCGCCGCCCGAUCUCCAAGGAUAUGAGCUGAGCAGCGCGCUCAACUUGGGCGCCUUGGUCGGCGUUCCAGCGGCUAAGCCGACAAAAGUGUCUGCGGCAGCGGCACCUACCCUGGUCAUUGGGUAACUGGCU